CACAACACUCAUUAGACCCUCAUUCACCCGAGCUCUGCAGCUAAUAAUCUAUCGCCAUCGACACGGGUUUUCUGACAAACAAUCGCUUCAAUAUGCGUUCUUCAAUUCACCGACUCACUCGAAAUGCAGCUAAGCAUACUUCAGCAAGGAGCUAUUCCACCGAAGUCUACAAACCUCGACAUCUUAUGACCAUUGGCGACCUAAGCCCAUCUGAGUUCUCCCAAUUGGUUCUCAAUGCCGCCUCUCAUAAAAAAGCCGUCAAAGGCGGUCAAAUUCCCGAGGCAAUCAAAAACAAAUUGCUUGGUCAGACUGUCGCUAUGAUGUUUAGCAAGCGAAGCACUCGUACUCGUGUGUCGACUGAGGCAGCCGUGGCCUUGAUGGGAGGUCACCCCAUGUUUCUAGGGAAGGAUGACAUUCAGUUGGGCGUGAACGAAUCUCUCUAUGACACAUCCAAGAUCAUCUCGUCAAUGACAUCUUGCAUGGUAGCCCGCGUUGGUCCUCACAGCGAUGUUGCGGGCUUAGCGGAACACUCCAGUGUCCCUGUUAUCAACGCACUUUCAAACGACUUCCACCCUCUCCAGACUAUUGCCGACUUUUUAACCAUUCACGAAGUUUUCUCUCAGCAGGGUGUGAAUUCCUCCGGCGUCGUACCUGACCGCUUGAAAGUAGCUUGGGUUGGAGAUGCCAACAACGUUCUCUUCGACUUAGCAAUCGGGUGCAUUAAGCUCGGUGUAGAUAUAUCUGUGGCAACCCCCCCGGACUACCGCAUCCCUGAAAAUAUGAUGGCCUUUAUCAAGGAGCAAGCCAAGACAGCCCAGUCUCCAGGCACGAUUAGUGAAUAUUUCGUUCCUGAGGAGGCCGUCAAGGAUGCAAACGUCAUUGUGACCGACACUUGGGUGUCUAUGGGCCAGGAGGAAGAGACGCAAAACCGAUUAAAGGCUUUUGCUGGGUUUCGAGUCACGGAUGAGCUAGCCAAAAGGGGCGGGGCUAAGGCCGAUUGGAAGUUCAUGCACUGCCUCCCUCGUCACCCUGAGGAAGUAAGCGACGAGGUUAUGUAUGGUCCACGAUCACUGGUAUUCCAGGAAGGAGAAAAUCGCUUGUGGGCAGCUAUCGCGGCUCUGGAAGGAUUUGUCGCCAACAAAGGCAAUUUGGUUUGAAAAAAAGAAACUUAAAAAAUUUGGAGCAUCAAUGCAGUCGUAAUCAAGUCUAAAAGAACUACGAAUGUGCCCCUUAAUUACUGUGCUAUUGGGCUUGGAGUAUGUAUUUCGGUUGAUUACAGAUACCAAAACAAAAGGUGCGGCGGGACUAGUCGAAUUCAGCAAGGAGCGCAAUAGGGGAGUCUAUGGCUACGGCCAGAUAUCAAAAUGUUGAAAUGAGAGCUCGUGAAUUCCAACCUCUACCCAAGAUUGACAUACAUAGGUCUUUUUUUUCUCAAGUUUGCACCACAUGAUCUCUAAUUCUUCG